AUGCCUACAAUGACUUUGAUGCGGGCAGGGCCAUCCGCCUGCUCCAAGCCUUCAUCACCAGGGACCUCUCCAGCUUCUACUUCAGCAUCAUCGAGGACAGGUACUGAUACUCUUGGUAAAUAGUAUUUCUACUACUACCACUGCUAUUGUUAUGUUAUUACAUAGUUACUACUAGUCUAUUCACGGCCGGCCCGCUCAUUAGGCAGCCUAUGACGGCAGAUUGACGAGGUCAGCAUUUUCUGAGCUAAACUGACCAAGACGCACCUCUAACAACAACACAUAAAACCUUACAUAAUUCUGCCCCAAAACAAUGACAAUUUCUCUCAACCAGUUGCAUAAGGGCUUUUAAGAUGAGCGUUGAUGCCACCCUGUGGUAAGCAGUGCCCACUUUGUCAAAGGCAGGGGUGCAAAAUAUUUUGCUUGUCCAUUCCCAGCGCACCUCUCCAGGGUGCUGUUGGAGAGACGCAUCGCUGCCAUGCUCCACCAACGUUCCGUCAAGGAAAUAAUCUAACAUAAAUCAUGUAGCAGAUAUAGUAUAUGGAAGAAAGAGUAUGUGGCCUUUUCUGUAGCCUACAGGCUGGAGAUAAAAUGUAUGACAAUGUAAUGAGAUGGACACUUUCUACAUCAUGCAGAUUUCACAGAUCAAAUAGCCUAACCUAAAUGGCGCCCAAUCAAAUAAAACAUUUGUUUUCAGGUUAACAAACAACAUAUCCUAAAAACAGGACAGGUCAAAGAGGACAGGUCAAAGUAAAAUGGACAAUCACAACUGUUGUCCAGGAGUUUCAACCCAUUUCAAGUUUGUAUCCGUAAAUUUUUGACAAGCUGAUCAUAGCGAAAAAGAAAAUACUUCUGCAUUUCCUGCUGUGUAAACACAUUGCAAAUAGACUCACGAUAACUCCUGAUAAAGUUGGGUAGCUGAUAUUCAGAGCUUAAAUAGCCAAAUUGAUUAGUCACAGGAACCAGUAAGCAAGAGCCAACAUAUUUUUUUUUGGUGUUUUACAAACGGUAGGCUUACCACAGAUGUGCAUUCAUAAAAUUCAAUUUCAGGCAACACUGUAGGCUACACAUCAGUAAGCACGGGCCGACGCCUUUUGAACGUCUUUUUUGGUGCAUUUCGGACCGGUCUUGAUAUCCACAUCCACGGACAUGUUUGGUUCAGAACCGAAAAUGAACCUAACUUCAACGUCUGGAAAAUACUUAUUUUCACCUUUCAUUCAGAACCUAAAUUCAACCUAACUUCAACGUCUGGAAAAUACGUCUUAGUAAACGUCGUUUUAAUGUCAUUUUGCUUACUGGGACUAUUCUAGUUUUGCGGGGACUGCCUUCUUUGGUCUCGCUAGGGUGGCAGAACGGCAAGGACCGGCCCUGACUCUAUUACACUGUUACUAGAACACUACUACGAAUACACUGUCAUUAAUUAAUAGUGUGUUACAACUACUCUCUCUUCCCUCUGUCCAAUCAGGUGGGAUUAUCCAUGAGGACAGUGCUUACCAAGUAGCGGCAGUGCCCACCUCUAUGACCCGGUGCCGCCGUUACACCUCAGACUCCCCGGACUGCCCCUGCUGCUAG